AUACAUGCUCAACACACACAUAGCCAUACAAAAGACACAGGUUCCCCGAACACACGCAGGUUGUAGGCCACACAAACACACCUUACACACACACACACACAACUUCCACAAACACACAAACACACUCCCCAUAUAUGUAGAUACAGAGCUUUAGCCACAAGCUCAACAUAAAAGCAAACACAAGGAUAUACAUAUAUACACACCAGCCCCAAGUCGGCCAGCCUUUGGUCAGCAGGAGUGUGGGCGGGAUGGUGGGAAGUCCCGCCCCUGUAUCAAACCACGCCCCUUUCAGCUGCCCGUUUCCUGGACUGGAUCCUGAGGUGUCUUAGCAGCCUCUAGACCCCAAUCCAGCUAACAGGUGGACAUGGCCUUCAGGGUCCACAUUCGACCCAUCAACCUGGCCUGGGUCCUGCAACUGACCCUGGCAUGGAUCCUGCUGGAAGCCUGUGGAGGGAGCCGACCACUCCAAGCCAGGUCCCAGCGACACCAUGGGCUGGCAGCUGAUCUGGGCAAAGGCAAGCUGCACCUGGCAGGACCUUGUUGUCCCUCAGAGAUGGACACAACAGAGACAUCGGGCCCUAGGACUUAUCCAGAACGCUGUGGAGUGCCAAGCCCUGAGUGCGAAUCCUUUCUGGAACACCUGCAACGUGCCCUGCGCAGUCGCUUCCACCUGCGGCUAUUGGGGGUACGCCAGGCACAGCCGCUCUGCGAGGAGCUCUGCCAGGCCUGGUUUGCCAACUGCGAAGAUGAUAUCACCUGCGGCCCAACUUGGCUCCCACUCUCAGAAAAAAGGGGUUGUGAGCCCAGCUGCCUUACCUAUGGACAGACCUUCGCAGAUGGGACGGACCUUUGUCGCUCGGCGCUGGGCCACGCCCUACCGGUGGCUGCUCCUGGCGCCCGUCACUGCUUCAACAUCUCCAUCUCCGCGCUACCACAUCCCAGACCAGGACGGCGGGCCCGGGAAGCUCCCUCCCGGCGCUCCCGCCGCCCUCGCAACUCCAUCCUGGACGCUGCGGGCAGCGGGAGUGGCAGUGGAAGCGGCAGCGGUCCCUAGUGGACGCGUGGCCCUGAGUGGGCGGCGCGUCCCUCCCCCCAGCCCCGCCCCUCAGACACCCAGAACCCACCCCUCUCCCUCUGGGCGUUCUGAUAGUUUCCAGAUUUAUGUCCCUCCCUGGAACUCCAGAGACUCACCUCUCUCCAGUUUAUCCCAGAAAUGACCCAACUCUCUCUCACUUUUCCCUCUCCCUCUUGAAUAAAGUCUCCAGCUAGAGCA